UGACCCGAGGAGCGUGUUGCGGCUGGCAGGGUGACUGCCUGUGGGUGUUGCACGGACCGGAGCUCCAGGGCAGGACAUGAGCUCCAGGACCGCCCCGCGGCUGAUGACGCUCCAGAGACACCUCGGCUGGCCGCAGACUGGUGCCAUGGCUAUGGAGAACAGCCCACUAACCACUCACGUGCUAGACACUGCCUCGGGGCUCCCUGCCCAAGGCCUCUGCCUCCGGUUGUCUCGCCUGGAGGCCCCUGGCCAGCAGUGGAUGGAGCUGAGGACAAGCUACACAAACCUGGAUGGUCGCUGUCCUGGGCUCCUGACACCAGGCCAAAUAAAACCAGGCACCUACAAGCUGUUCUUUGACACGGAGAGCUACUGGAAGGAGAGGGGUCAGGAGAGCUUUUACCCGUAUGUAGAGGUUGUUUUCACUAUUGCACAGGAGACCCAAAAGUUCCAUGUGCCUCUGCUGUUGAGCCCAUGGUCCUACACCACCUACCGGGGGAGUUAGAGUGGCGCAUUACCUGAGGAAAGCCAUCUGUCCGCCUGGCCCUUUCCCUGACUUAGCCACCUACAGUCAACAACACGGGCUUUGUCCCCGUCAAGGGACGUGCAGUUGCUGCUUGCUGAAGAGAUCCUAGCUGCCCUGGAGUUUCCUAGUGGGCGGCUGUGACUUGGGUGUCAAUAAAGUGAAU